AUGGGUUGUGGAAAAUCGAAACACGAUGUUGUCACGGGAAACACAAGAAAACCUACGGAAGCUAAAUCAGUGAAAGGCAAAGGGAACGAGACAAUCAAAAGACAAGAAAGCUGCCGGUGCCGGAAAACCAAAGACAUCUCCACCGCAGCUACCGUUGACCCUCACGAAACCACCGUCGAAGAUCAUACCACGAAACCAGAGGAAAAGCAAGCUGGGGGAGGUUGCGGUGAGAAGCCGGCGGGAGUCACGAAUGAUGACAAAAAACCGGAGGAAACGGAAACAACCACUUCGCUACCUGUGACGGAGAUAACGCCGGAGAAUGUUUUGGCUGUGGAAAUCGCUAACGACGUAGAUGAUGAGAGCGUUUUGCCUGUUGAUGAACAAAAGGCAGAAGAAGUUGUUAAUAUUGAUGAAAAGGUGGUAGAAGAAGAAGAAACAACUUUAGAGGACAAUGUUGCUGAAGCUGUUGACACUGAAAUUCCAUCUCCUGCGGUUGAAGAACAAGAACCGGAUGUACAAACUCCGGUAACAAAAGAACUAGAAGUUGAAGCCGAAGAAAGCAUUGAAGUCGCAGCCACGGAAAACGAUGAAGUCGCGGCCACGGAAGACGAUGAAGUUGUGUCUACGGAAAACGAUGAACUUCCGGUUUUAGAGGACGGAGAUAAAGUUGAUGUUGUAGAGGAAAAUCCGGCUGAUAUAACAAAGGAAGCUGCGUCGGCAUGA